CCUCGCCUGCGCCCGUCUCCAACACACAGCUUCUACAUCAUCAAAUUAAAGCAUCAAAAGCUUCUUGUUCCUGUUCCUCGUCACCGCAUUGCAGGACAAACGGCUAUAGUGCAACAGCAGCUGCUAGCUAGCUUUGCUCAUAUCUAUCGUGAUCAAAGCAAAGCAGUCAGCAAUGGCGAAGAAGAUGGCGCAGUCGGCGAGCCUGAAGCAGAUCCUGAGGCGGUGCUCAAGCCUGGGGCGGCGGCAGCAGGACGUGGUGCCGAGGGGGCACUUCCCUGUGUACGUCGGCGAGAGCCGGUGCCGGUUCGUCGUGCCCAUCGCCUGCCUGGAGCACCCGCAGUUCCUCGUGCUCCUGCGGAUGGCCGAGGAGGAGUUCGGCUUCGACCACGACGCCGCCAUCACCCUGCCCUGCGACGAGGCCGUCUUCGAGGCGCUCCUCGCCUCCUUGGUGCACUGACCGCCGACCCCCAGUCACUGCCAGGGUACGUCGAAGAGGAUGCGCCCGGCAUUGAUUGGAACAUGGGUGGUCGGUGACGGGAGAUUGACCCCGGACCACUCUGCUUCGGUUGCCCGAUGGUUGAUCUGUUAAUUACAGUGCGUGUAGCAAGAUUGAUGAUGUCGUAGUUAGCCUAGUGUACGUACGCAUGUAUAUACUGCCAUGAUGGUUUCGAUUCAUUUGUUCCUCGAUUGGUUUUUUAAUGAUCAGUGAAGGAGGACACAGCUACAUGAUUGCCUGAAA